UCUCCUGUCGUCAUCCUCUGUAAUAGACGACGCGGCCGAAGCAAGCAACGUGCAGCAGCAGCGGUGGCGGUAGAAGCAGCUUUUUUUCCUCUCUUUAUAAGCACCACUGCAUUGCCCGGAUGUGAAUGGAUUACAAUGUAUCUUUCAGGGAAACGUAUUACUAUCAAUUUCUCCGUGGGGAAGUCACUGAUGAUGAUGAUGGUGAUGAUAAUGAGAAGCAGGAGAGAUCUGUAAAGUUGGAACAAGUUUAAGACUUUUUUGUUGUUUAAAAACAACAGAGACUGAGUUGGCGAAAUCGCACUGCUACCGAGAUUUUUCAAAAUAGUUUAUUAGUAGCCAUGUGUUUAUAAGGAAAGACAUGGGGGUGGGGGGAGUUACUGGAUCUUCCUUUUAAAUCAUUUUUGUUGUGAUUUUUUUGGCUGGCUUUUCAUUUUGCUUUACUUGGGUGGGAAGACUUUUAUGGCAAUUGCCUUAUGGUGGAUAAUCAAAAACAAAGCAAAACCCCUCACCCGGUGUUAAGUUGUUUUAAAAUUGUGGAAUACUCUCUGGAUCAAGACUGAGUACGAGUUUAAAGUACUUCUUCUGUUUUUGAGGGUCAAACACACGUGAGAUAAUAAAGCACCUUUGCAGAAGAUCUCUUCCCCUAAAAUAUCUUUCCUUGGAAUAUUGUGAACAUAUUUGUGGCCAUUUAAGGUUUGUGUGAUUUUGCUAAAAUGCAUCACCAACAGCGAAUGGCUGCCUUAGGGACGGACAAAGAACUCAGUGAUUUACUGGAUUUCAGUGCGAUGUUUUCACCUCCCGUGAGCAGUGGGAAAAAUGGACCAACUUCUUUGGCAAGUGGACAUUUUACUGGCUCAAAUGUAGAAGACAGAACUAGCUCAGGGUCCUGGGGGAACGGAGGACAUCCUAGUCCAUCCAGGAGCUAUGGAGAUGGAACUCCUUAUGAACAUAUGACAAACAGGGACCUUGGAUCACACGACAAUCUAUCUCCUCCUUUUGUGAAUUCCAGAAUACAAAGUAAAACAGAAAGGGGCUCCUAUUCAUCAUAUGGGCGAGACUCAAACCUACAGGGUUGCCACCAGCAAAGUCUCCUUGGAGGUGACAUGGAAAUGGGCAACCCAGGCGCGCUCUCACCCACCAAACCUGGCUCUCAGUACUAUCAGUAUUCUAGCAAUAACCCGCGAAGGAGGCCUCUGCACAGUACCUCUGUGGAAGUACAAACGAAGAAAGUUCGAAAGGUUCCUCCAGGUUUACCAUCUUCAGUUUAUGCCCCUUCUGCAAGCACUGCCGACUACAAUCGGGAUUCACCAGGCUAUCCAUCUUCAAAACCAGCAGCCAGCACUUUUCCUAGUUCCUUCUUCAUGCAAGACGGUCAUCACAGCAGUGAUCCGUGGAGCUCCUCCAGUGGGAUGAAUCAGCCUGGUUAUGGCGGAAUGCUGGGCAAUUCUUCUCAUAUUCCACAGUCCAGUAGCUAUUGCAGUCUUCAUCCUCAUGAACGCUUGAGCUACCCAUCACACUCCUCAGCAGACAUCAAUUCCAGUCUUCCUCCAAUGUCCACUUUCCAUCGCAGUGGCACGACUCAUUACAGUGCUUCUUCCUGCACACCACCUGCAAACGGAACAGACAGCAUAAUGGCAAACAGAGGAAGUGGAGCAGCAGGAAGUUCACAGACAGGCGAUGCACUGGGGAAAGCACUUGCAUCUAUCUACUCUCCAGAUCACACCAACAACAGCUUUUCAUCAAAUCCUUCAACUCCUGUUGGUUCUCCCCCUUCUCUCUCAGCAGGCACAGCUGUUUGGUCUAGAAAUGGAGGGCAAGCAUCAUCAUCUCCCAAUUAUGAAGGUCCCUUACACUCUUUGCAAAGCCGGAUUGAAGACCGCUUGGAAAGACUGGAUGAUGCUAUUCAUGUUCUCCGGAAUCAUGCAGUGGGGCCUUCAACUGCCAUGCCCGGUAGUCAUAGCGACAUGCAUGGCUUAAUAGGGCCCUCUCAUAACGGAGCAAUGGGAGGUCUUGGGUCAGGAUAUGGGACAGGCCUUCUUUCAGCCAAUAGACAUUCGCUAAUGGUUGGGGCUCAUCGUGAAGAUGCAGUUGGUCUGCGUGGCAGCCAUUCACUCGUGCCAAACCAGGUCCCAGUUCCACAGCUGCCAGUACAGUCUGCCACAUCUCCUGACUUAAACCAACCUCAAGAUCCAUACAGAGGCAUGCCAACUGGCCUUCAAGGACAAAGCGUAUCUUCAGGGAGCUCUGAAAUCAAAUCUGAUGACGAGGGAGAUGAAAACCUUCAGGACACGAAAUCUUCAGAGGACAAGAAGUUAGAGGACGACAAGAAGGAUAUCAAAUCAAUUACUAGGUCAAGAUCUAGCAAUAAUGAUGAUGAAGAUCUUACACCAGAGCAAAAAGCGGAGCGUGAAAAAGAAAGGAGGAUGGCCAACAAUGCCCGCGAGCGCCUCCGUGUCCGUGACAUCAACGAGGCUUUCAAGGAGCUGGGCCGGAUGGUGCAGCUUCACCUGAAGAGCGACAAGCCCCAGACCAAACUUUUGAUCUUACAUCAAGCUGUAGCUGUGAUCCUCAGCUUAGAGCAGCAAGUCAGAGAAAGGAAUCUGAAUCCUAAAGCAGCAUGUCUGAAAAGAAGGGAAGAAGAGAAAGUAUCUUCAGACCCCCCUCCGCUUUCUUUGGCAGGACCCCACCCAGGCAUGGGCGACACAUCUAAUCAUAUGGGACAGAUGUAAAAAAAAAAAAAAAAGGUCCAAGUUGCCACAUUUUCUUUAUGUAAACCAGAGACCACUUCCUUAACAGCUGUAUUAUCUUAAACCCACAUAAACACUUAACCCCCUUUUUUGUAAUAUAAUAAGACAAGUCUGAGUAGUUACGAAUCACAGACGCAAGAGAUUUCAGCAUUCCCGAUUUCGAAACAAACAAAAAAGAAAAGUGCAACUUGAGGGACGCCUUUUUUCAACAUAUCAUUCAGAAUGUUUCAAGCAGUAUGUUAGGAGCUGUAAAUGCACAGCCAAGAGACUGAAUGGCAAUCUUCUCCACACUGUGGGACAAUGCAUUUGUGCCUAAACUUCUUUUGGAAAAAAAAUAUAAUUAAUUUGUAAGUCUGAAAAAAAUAUUUAAUUUAAAAAUUGUAAACUUGCAAUAAUGAAAAGUGUACUUCUGAAGAAAAAAAUGAACGUUUUUGUUGGUGUACUAGUCAGCUAGUGUUUAUAUUUACUGGAUAUUAAAAAGGGAAGCAUUGCGACCCACAUAUUUACAAAACCAGCAAACGUCCUAAUGAAAACUGAAGUGAUGACAUUAGCCAUUCCUUAGGGUAGGAGGAACAGAUGGAUCUUAUAGACCUAUGAGACACACACACACACACACAUAUAUAAAUAUAUAUAUAUAAAUAUAUAUAUUAAAAUUAGUGAAUAUGGUAAGCUUUUGUUCAUUUGUUUCAAACUUUUUUGCUCCUGUAAAAAACAAAAGUACUGAUUAACUUUUUUAAAAAAAAGAUUUUACUGUAAAUAAGGAUUUUUUUCUUUGUCUUACUUCUCUCCCUCUCCCCGUUUAGUUCUUUAUUGUAACCUGUAGUGCCAACUCUGUUGCUGGAGGGGCAGUUCAGGAUGAAAUGCUGACCUUGACGUUGCUUAUCAUUCAUUAAUAAGUUGAGAGUUGUUUCUUCAGUCUUUUUGGGAGAAUACAGGACUCGACAAGUCGCGUCAUGUGCAGAUGAACUGCAAGCAGCAUUGCUGAGACUUGUUUCCAAACAGUUGUGGGGUGUUUUUGUUUUUGCUUUUGGUCUGAAUCGUAAAUGUUGCUCUCAUUAGACCCUAUUUCUGGAAUUUUCAGAGGUACAAGGUUAGAAUGCUACAAUGUUACCACUGUGCCUUCCAAUGUUUAUAUCAUCGAAAACAUAACAUAAUCAAAGGUGGCUGUGAUUUAACAAACCAGUAGAAGUGUUAACUUAAUGUGUGUUAGCCUAAAUGCAGUGUGGAGUGAGGCAUUUCAGAAUACAUGGUCAAAUUUGGCCGGGGGAGGGGAUUACAAAUGGGAAAAUUGCUGGUUGUAUGACAGAUUUUGAUUUUUUUUAAAAAAAAAACAUUUUUUUUAAAAAGUGGAUUACUGAAAGGCAGACCAUUUGCUGCCUCCUCCUUCAUUUAUGAAAAUAAUGCCAAUAUCCAAUUGUAAUGCAGCAUUAGAACAAGCCUUACCCGUUCUAAAGCAACAAGUUGCACUUUUUUGAGGAGGGGGGAGUAGAACAGUAUUUCUCUGGCCAGUAUGAAUCAAGUUUUUACUGAACAUAUAUAUAUAUAUAAUUGUAAGCAUAGAUCAAACCUAUGGCACAGCAACUCAUCCAAUAACUAGCUUUGGGCACAACUGAACUAGUAUCCAUAGAGUAUCUUCUAAAGAUCGACUUUGGUAUAUAGAACAAUUAAAAGAUAGUUCUCCCAAUGAAGUCUUUGUCAGCACCCUUUUGUCUCCUGUUCCAGCUUCUGUUUUUUAAUAGCCACACAAACUUGGCAUGUAUUUUUAAAUGAAAUCUCCCUGUUCAAGUAUAUUUUCCACCUAUCAGCACUGAGUAAAUGCCAUAAGUCCAUUGAAAACGGUCUAGACGUUCCAUCUGUUCUCCUGUUUUGCCAGUUACGUAGUAAUGAAAAAAAUGCAUUUGUAAAUUUUAUGCAACAAAAUGGCAAACGUAUCAUUAUUUUGAAAUUGUGUAUGUAAAAGUUAUAUUUUUACAUGUAGACUCUUGUUAUUAUGUGUUUUAAUACAUUGUAUCAGUUUUUUGUGUUUUUUUAAACUGGUUGAAACAAAAUCUCAUGAAAUAGUGAGAUAAGCGAAUCUGAAUUUUAUGUUUCUGAAAAACAUGAAGAACAAAUAUGAUAGUUUACCAUGUGAACCACCUUCUACAUACCCAUAAACAUUUUGAUUAGCUGUGUGUGUGUGUGUUGAAAAUUGUAAAUAUGUUCAGUAGCAGUAAAAUUUAAAAUGCUUUUAUUUGUUAAUAAGUUUCUCAGAUGUGGAGGUGGAUUGAAACCAUUAUAACUACAUUCAUAACAGAACAGAGUCCAUGUUAGUUUAACUCAGAACAACAUUUCAUUACGAAUGCCAUACUUUAUUUAGGUGAAUGGGUAUGGUAAUCCCAAUUAUUUUAAAUACUUGUAUUUUGAACAGGCUAGAGGAUUCCUUUAAAGGAUAUUAAUAUUGCUUAGGAUUAAUUUUUUUAAAAAAUGCAAAUAAUUUAAGGGAGAAGUUGUUACUUCAGAAGAUGAGGUUAGGAUAAAACUCUGAAUAAACCAAAUGGACAUCAAGUGCCAUAUCCGCUGACAUUUUUUCGAUUUACUUAUGUCAAUAGUCAUCAAGAUUUUAAGUCCCCAAUUCAAUCUAUAAGACCACUGAGUAUUGCCCACAUAAAUUACUAAAAGGUGACAGUCUGAUCUGAGGGUAUUGGGAGGGAGGAAAUGAAUAUAAAACCUUUUCAUUAAUAAUUAGAAGCCUUCCAAUCAGAAGACUGGUAAAUAACUAUGUUUUGUUGUUUUUAUUAUUAAUCACCUAGCAAUUAUGUCACUCCUUACACAUGCAGAGUCAAGAUCACUUUAACUAUCCUAUCACACAACCUGAGUGAUAAAAGGAUGGACAUUUUAAAAUCACCAUUCUUUCAGGGCAGAGUAUGAUUCCAAACAGCAGUGAUGAUGAUUACAUAGAAUCAGAAGAAAGGUUAGUGAUGUAUAAAAUGAUAAUCUUGUCUGUAUGGUAUCCUGCUCCAUAAUGGAAUUCAAAGUUGAAAAUUAAUCAGUCACACUGUUCCCCUGCCCCCGGUUUGUUUGUUGCUGCUGCUGCUGCAUUUAUGCAUUAAUUUCGAGUCUGGCCAUCAGAAACAAGGCAUCAAGAACUGAUUAGCCCUUGCUGCUUCUGUGUUUUCAAACAGGUGUCCUCAGUGGCAGUUGUCACUUGUUAGUAGAUCAGAGGGUGGCUUGACUUUAAUAUUCAAGGAGGGCAUGUGCUAUAUGAUAACAAACAGCACUCAGAAACCUAUCAAAUAUUUAGUGAGCGAUCCACCUCCACAUUCAAGUAAUUUAUGAAUAUGCUGAUUAGGGAAAUCUGUUCAUCUAGAACUUUCUUUUCUUUUUAUACAUUUGUCUUUCGUGUAGCUGCAAGGAACACUAAUGUUUAUACAACUGUCAGUUGAACCAGUGAUGCAACUUGUACCGAUGCAGUCUUCCGAUUUGUUUUGUUUGUUAAUUUCAUUUGG